UCUGUGGUGGAUUAUUGUAGGUCUGCAAGGCUAUGGUGGGACUAGGGGCCGUGGUGGCCCACGCCACCUCCCUUGACGUUCCGAAAAGAACAGUCACGUCUCUGUCGACACCUCUAUUUUGGUGGCGCCUUUGCUGGUACGGCCGACUCCCUCUUCCCUCCGCUUUUCCUUUCCUGGCUCUUACUUCAUUACUUUCUCCAACCCCUCUCUCUCUCUGGCUGCGAUGUGCGGCAAGGGUUUUCUCUUAUACCCUCUGUUUCCGAGUAUGAGUGUGUAGCGUCAUUCGUUGUGUGGAAGAUGGGGAGGAGGAAGGUGAUGGGUAGAAUCGCAAUACUCGCAUUACUCUGCUGUUUACUUCCUGCCGUUGCUCCAUUAUCCGAAGAAGGGAAGGCGUUAUUGGAGAUGAAGGCGUCCUUAGACAACGUAGCUAACUUGCUUCUCGACUGGAAUCCCUCCGCCAUCUCCGCCGGCGAUUCCAACGUCACAGCUGGCGGCGGCUUGGAUGAACAUUGCUCCUGGCGAGGCGUGCUCUGCGCUAACCUUACCCCUGUUGUGGUUUCCCUGAACCUUUCGAAUCUGAACCUUGGCGGCGAAAUCUCUCCUGCUAUUGGAGAGCUCAAGAGCUUACAGUCGCUAGAUUUGAAGGGGAACAGACUCCUGGGGCAGAUCCCAGAUGAAAUUGGGGAUUGUGUUUCUCUCAAAUACUUAGACUUAUCUGGAAACUCUCUCGAUGGAGACAUUCCUUUCUCAGUAUCCAAGCUUAAGCAGCUAGAAGAACUGAAUCUGAAGAACAACCAAUUAACAGGACCAAUUCCUUCAACGCUUUCUCAGAUACCGAACCUCAAAACACUUGAUCUUGCUCAGAAUCAGCUGACUGGCGACAUUCCCAGACUCAUUUACUGGAAUGAAGUUUUGCAGUACCUAGGACUUCGUGGUAACUGGCUUACAGGAACUCUGUCUCCGGAUAUGUGCCAGUUGACUGGCUUGUGGUAUUUUGAUGUGAGAGGCAAUAACCUUACGGGGCCAAUACCAGAGAACAUAGGAAACUGUACCAGUUUUGAAAUUUUGGAUAUCUCAUACAAUGCAAUCACCGGCGAGAUCCCUUACAAUAUUGGCUUCCUUCAAGUAGCUACUUUAUCACUUCAAGGAAACAGGCUUACGGGGAAGAUACCAGAGGUAAUUGGACUCAUGCAGGCGCUAGCAGUUCUGGAUUUGAGUGAAAAUGAACUUGUUGGUCCAAUUCCUGCAAUACUUGGAAAUUUAUCAUACACUGGCAAACUCUAUCUACAUGGUAAUAAACUCAGCGGACCUAUUCCUCCUGAAUUAGGAAACAUGUCAAAGCUCAGCUAUCUUCAGCUGAAUGGCAAUCAACUAGAGGGCACUAUUCCCACUGAGCUUGGGAAACUUGAAGAUCUUUUUGAGUUGAAUCUCGCCAAUAACAAACUUGUGGGUCCAAUUCCUAAAAAUAUUAGCUUGUGCGCUGCUCUGAACCAAUUCAAUGUUCAUGGUAAUAUGCUCAAUGGUUCCAUUCCUCUGGAGUUCCAGAAGUUAGAAAGUUUGACCUAUCUGUGA